AUGGCACCGCCUGCGAAGCGUCGCCGGCGGAAUACCGUUGAGGCGUCCGACGAUGAAGACGAGCAACCCAAGGCCAAUACCUUGACAAAUUUCCUUCUGUCUUCGCCCAGCUCGCCGGCAAAGGCCAGAGCGCCCACAGCGUCUCCGAGUCCCGCGAAAAGAAAAACGGCCAAUGGCCAACAGCCGCCCAGCAACGGCAGCCCUCUCCGGCCGUCGCGAUCAGUCAAGAAUGGCACGAGCUUCAGCCCUAAGAAGACCAGGGCCGCGAGCAGGGUCGACGACAAGGGGAAGACGGCAGAUUUGAAGACGCUCUUUUCCAAGCAGGCACAGAAAGCGACGAGGCCGCGCGUGGGAGCCGAUAGAACGACGGAACCGAUAGACGACUUGAUUUCCGAUCCCAUAUCCGACGAUGACGAGAUAUCAGAGCGCAAGGCUAGCUCCUCCAGCUUGAUCGGGCAGCAUGUAAGGAAGCGGUUAAAGGGCACCAGCGGCGCCGACCUGCCCGUCGCCAGUGGCUCGUUGACCAUGAGCCCAAGGUUCCUUAAGCCCAGUCGGCCGGCAGGUAUAGAUGCAUUGAACGAUGAUUUGCGGCCGUGGUCGGAGCGAUUUGGCCCGCGGAACCUAGACGAGUUGGCCGUACACAAGAAGAAGGUGACAGACGUGAGGAGAUGGCUUGAAGACGUCAUGGGAGGCCGGAUGAGACAGCGGCUACUGAUCUUGAAAGGCGCCGCCGGCACUGGAAAGACCACGACGGUCCGUCUCUUGGCAAACGACAUGGGGUGCGAGAUUCUAGAAUGGAAGAAUCCAGCAGGCAAUGCAGUAAACGGCUUCGUCUCGGCGUCCUCGCAGUUUGAAGAUUUUCUGGGACGAGGAGGAAAGUUUGGUGCUCUGGAUCUGGAGGACGCUGAACCAUCGUCCACGCCAGCGAGCUCAAACAAGCCCUCGCAAUCACAGCAACCAAGUAGCAAUGGCAAGAAGAUUAUUCUCAUUGAAGAGUUUCCCAACACCUUCUCUCGAAGCUCGACAGCUUUAUCUUCUUUCCGGCGCACCAUCCUACAGUAUCUGGCUACACAAACACCAUCUCUACAUGCCUUUGGCCACCAGAGACCAGCGGAUCCCAUCACACCCGUUGUACUCGUGGUGUCAGAGACGCUGCUGACGACGACGUCUGCUUCAGCCGAUAGCCUGACCGCCCAUCGACUGCUCGGACCCGAGAUUCUGCGCCAUCCAGGAGUCGGGCUCAUCGAGUUCAAUCCGAUAGCGCCAUCGUUGCUGGCGAAGGCUUUAGAGGUCGUCGUGCAAAAGGAGUCGCGAAAGUCAGGGCGUAGGCGAACGCCAGGACCGCUGGUUCUUAAGAGGCUCGGCGAGAUUGGGGACAUUCGCAGCGCUAUUUCGUCGCUCGAGUUCCUCUGCCUGAAGGGAGACCAGGACGCCGACUGGGGAUCCAAGGUGACGUUUGCAAAGCAGAAGAAGGGGGCGAAGGAUGGCAUCCCCCUCACGCGUGGCGAAGAAGAGAGCCUUGAACAGAUAUCUCAGCGCGAAGCCAGUCUGGGCAUCUUCCAUGCUGUUGGUAAAGUGGUGUAUAACAAGCGUGACGAGAUGCCGUCCAACGAUCCUGCAGAGAAGCUACCGGGCUACCUUUCACAGUAUUCGCGCCCGAAGCCAUCACAAGUGUCCGUCGAUACGCUGGUCGACGAGACGGGCACCGAUACGCACACAUUCAUCUCGGCUCUGCACGAGAACUACGUGCUAUCCUGCGAAGGCACGGACCCUAUGGACCUUUCGACCCCGAUAGAUUAUGUCAACGAAUGCAUCGAGUACCUUUCACUGGCUGAUCUGCUCAGCCCUUCUCGGGACGUCUUCUUUGGUGGACGCGGGGGCUAUGGGGGGACCUUUGGAGGAGAUUCGGCCAGUCAUGUUCUUCGCCAGGACGAGAUUACGUUUCAAGUUGCGGUGCGCGGCAUGCUGUUUUCGCUGCCUAAUCCAGUCAAGAGAAAGACGUGGACCAUGCAAAAGGGCAGUGAUGCGUUCAAGAUGUUUUACCCCACGAGUCUCAAACUCUGGCGAACAAAGGAGGAAAUUGAGGGCUUGAUUGACGUUUGGUCUGGGAAAGUCCUCAGGGGCGAGGCUGAACUUCCGACGAGGAAUAUCAUGGACGGUGCCAGCAUCUUUCGCCGCAACCAACCCUCUGGGGUCUCGAAUCAAGACCAGAAGCCAGCGGUCAAGGAGCGCGAAGCCCGUCAAAAGGCAGAGCCGCGCGACAGUCCUCCGGUACCUACGCUCGGCAGCACGGCUCGCCGAGAACUGCUCCUCGAUCGACUCCCGUACAUGGCACAAAUUGCUCGGGGCUGCAAGCCGGGGUCAUCACGCCAAAAGGACCUUGAAAAGAUUGUUUCCUUUUCCGGCGUGAACGUGGCACUCGACGACGACGAGUCUGAUGUCGAUGAAGAUGCCACGACGACGACGACGGGAGAGACGUGGGCGACGGACAAGCCCUCGGAGGAGAUCAGUCCCCGGAAGAAGAGGGUGGGCAUCAAAACUGGUGGUGCUGUUGCGGGGAUGCUGAAACAGAAGCUUGUUUUGAGCGAUGACGAUAUUGAGGAUUAA